CCCUCCCUCCCCUCGUUGGCAGUGUGUCUGGUGGGGGGCGCGCGGGACUUAGACGCCACAGGCCCCACCAUCACACAGCACCUGCUGCCCUCCCUGCUGCCCUUCGACCUCUUCAUCCACGCACCGUUGGAUGAAAACGCCGCGAAGAUCUCAGCCCUUGCUCGCGCUCAUGCCAUGCACGGGAAUCAUGCUACAGCCAGCAGAAGCAGCAGCAGCAGCAGCAGCACGGACAACCAGGAGGACAGUAGCAGAAGUGGCUAUAACGAGCAGCAGGGCGCAGCUGGGAAAAUGGCUGGUGCUAUAAAGGGAGUGCGGGUGUUCCCUGUUGUACCUGUAGACGCAUCACUCUAUCCCGGGUCUAUCAUUAUCCUCCCCUGGGGAUCUCCGAAUGGGGUUCAGGGGAUUCUGCAGUACUUCAGGUUGAUUGAGGGCUGUUUGCCGCUCAUAGAACGUGAGGAAAAGACAAACCGUGCCGGCCAGCAGUACCGGUGGGUGCUGCGCACGCGGCUUGAUGGUUAUUGGUCGGCGCCGGCACCCCCGCUUUCGUCUUUUAUUGGAUGGGCGGAAAAAGGGGUGGAGAGGAGGGAAGGGGGAGAAGAAGGAGGAGGAGGGGCAGAGGGGAAAGAGGGCGAGAGCAUUCGGGAGAGGGCGGCAUACGUCGUCCCAUAUGGGUCGAACUGGGGCGGCGUGAAUGACCGGUUUGGGUUUGGGAGGAGGGAGGAGAGUGUGGUGGCGCUGUCACGGCUGGCGAUGCUGGAUGAAAUCAACAGAUACAGACAGCGGAUUGGCGUCAAACGGCAGAUGAACAGCGAGAUAACAUUCAAGCUGCAGCUUAAUUCUCGCGAUAUAGCAGUGCAACCAGCCAACCUCCCCUUCUGUGUGCUCUCACGCCGGGCCUUCCCAGACGCCUGCAGCAGCAUCACUGUCUCUAUCAACGCUUCUGUGCCUCUGAACGGAGCCAAGUGUCAGCCCUGCCACCCCUGCGCUCAGGGCAAGGAGGUUGAAACCAUUCUGAAUGCCACGUCACCAUCAUCUGACAAGUGGCUGGGCCCCGUCCAAUCAGGAGUCGCCUUCUGUCCGGGUGGGAAGGGGAGUGGGAAGGGGCGGUCGAGCGCGGAUGGAUCGUGGCCGUCGGAUUGGGAGGAGAUCUACCGACGAACGGCAGGAGAUGAGCUGGGGGCAAGGCAGAGGAGGAUCAGAAGCAGAGUGGGGGAAAUCGGCACGUGCACUCGGUUCCUGGAGAAGAUGAGAGCGACUGUGUCCAACUGGGACGCCCCCUCGCCUCUUGCCCUCUGCGUCCGCUCUGCCCUCGGUGCUCCCAGCGUGCUCGGCGCCCCACACGACUCAUUCCCCAUCUUCUCGUCUCUGCUCUCCGCUGAAAGUCGCAUCCUUCACUUGGAAUACACGGCGCUGCAAGCAGCAACAGUGGCAGGGAAAGCCGGAGCAGGAGGAUCAGGAGGAGGAGCGGGAGGAGCAGAGGGGGGAGGGGAGGGAGAGCAAGCACAGGAAGGGCAAUCGUGGGGGGAUGCAGUGGAGGCGGCACAGCCGGGGGUGCGGGUGACCAGAGCAUCGUUUGCUGACCUGCAAUUGGCUGCUGACCGGCAGGAGAUUGUUCCUGUAUUGAAGGUUAGUGGCUAUGUGGUGAAAGGGAAAACUGUGGGAGAGCAACUGCAGGAAGGGCAGUCGUGGGAGGAAGCAGUGGAAAGGGCACAGCCAGGGAUGCGGGUGACCAUAGCAUCGUUUGCUGACCUGCAAUUGGCUGCUGACCGGCAGGAGAUUGUUCCUGUAUUGAAGGUCACUGUGCAUGGACCCACACAGCCAAUCGAGCUACUCAGCUCACUCGCCUCCUUCUCCCUCCCUCCGCUCUGCCUGCUCCUCCUAAGAGCCCUUCCUUGCUCCCCUGAGAUCUAG